AGAAAAUUGAGUGCCGCUUCAAAAUUUAAAGUAAAUACAUAUAAUUAUUUCACGUAAUAAAAUGAAUAGAAAGAAAUUUAGAAGUGAGAGUGAGCAAAUAGUAAAUUUACUGUUUGAAAGUAAAAGUGAUGAUGAGCAUCCAGAAUGUGAAGCGUUGCUAGGAGAAGAAGAGCCACACGACAGGCCAGGAUGCAGCAGAACAUUUGAUGAGCCAGAUGAAUUCAGCAUUUCUUCCAGCGAAGAUGAUACGGAUGACUGCAUUAAUGCAAAUAACGAUUUACGGAAGGACUUGACAGAAUGGACUGUUAAACAUAAUAUAACCUACGCAGCAAUAGAUGAUUUGUUAAAGAUUCUAAGUAAACGCAUUACAGGGCUUCCUUUGUGUGCCCGAACUUUGAAAAAUACUCCAAAGAGUGCCCCAAAGGUCAUAAUGGGUUCCGGGGAAUAUGUACAUUAUGGGGUUGAAAGUGCUUUAACUGACUUUUUAUGUCGAACGGACUUUAGUGGCAAUUGUUUGAAUCUGAACAUUAAUAUCGACGGACUUCCAUUGGCAAAAAGUUCUAAUACUCAGAUAUG